AUGAACUAGGGGUAUCUGCUCAUACAGGUGGUUGAAACAACCACGAAAGCCACCAUGAAUAAGGCGGCUGGAGGUGACGAGCUCGCAGACCUCUUCAGUCUGAUCCCAGGCCUCCUGGAGGCGGCCAACACGAGUGGCAACGCCUCGCUGCAGCUUCAGGAUUUGUGGGAGCUGGGGCUGGAGUUGCCGGACGGAGCGGCGCCAGGGUAUCCACCCAGCAGCAGUGGGGCAGAGAGCUCGGAUGCAGAGGCCCGGGUGCGGAUCCUCAUCAGUGCUGUGUAUUGGGUGGUUUGCGCACUGGGGCUGGCGGGCAACCUCCUUGUGCUCUACCUGAUGAAGAGCAAACAGGGCUGGCGCAAAUCCUCCAUCAACCUCUUCGUUACCAACCUGGCGCUGACGGACUUUCAAUUCGUGCUCACUCUGCCCUUCUGGGCGGUGGAGAACGCCCUGGACUUCAAGUGGCCCUUCGGUAAGGCCAUGUGUAAGAUCGUGUCUAUUGUCACCUCUAUGAACAUGUAUGCUAGCGUCUUUUUCCUCACUGCCAUGAGUGUGGCGCGCUACCAUUCUGUGGCAUCAUCCCUUAAGAGCCACCGGACCCGAGGGCACGGCCAUGGCAACUGUUGUGGCCAGAGCCUGGGGAACAGCUGCUGCUUCUCAGCCAAAGCUCUGUGUGUGUUGAUCUGGGCUUCGGCUGCUCUGGCCUCGCUGCCCAAUGCCAUUUUCUCCACCACCAUCAAGGUGAUGGGUGAGGAGCUGUGCCUGGUGCGCUUCCCUGACAAGUUGCUGGGUGGCGACAGGCAGUUCUGGCUUGGCCUGUACCAUUUGCAGAAAGUGCUGCUAGGCUUUGUGCUGCCCCUAGGCAUCAUCAGCCUGUGCUACCUGCUGCUGGUGCGCUUCAUCUCAGACCGCUGCGUGGUGGGGACCGAAGUAGGGACAGCAGCUGCUGGGGGAAGCCUGUCUGGAGCUAGCGCUAGGAGACGGUCCAAGGUCACCAAAUCAGUGACCAUCGUGGUCUUAUCUUUCUUCCUGUGUUGGCUGCCUAACCAGGCGCUCACCAUAUGGAGUAUCCUCAUCAAGUUCAACGUGGUACCCUUCAGCCAGGAGUAUUUCUUGUGCCAGGUGUACGCGUUCCCGGUGAGCGUGUGUCUGGCGCAUUCCAACAGCUGCCUCAACCCAAUACUCUACUGCCUAGUGCGCCGCGAGUUCCGCAAGGCGCUCAAGAACCUGCUGUGGCGUAUCACGUCACCUUCGCUCACCAGCAUGCGCCCUUUCACAGCUACCACUAAGCCAGAGCCAGAGGAUCACCGGCUGCAGGCUCUGGCGCCACUCCACGCAGCUGCUGAACCUGACGUGCUGUACUAUCCGCCUGGUGUAGUGGUCUACAGUGGGGGACGCUACGACCUGCUGCCCAGCAGCUCAGCCUACUGAUGUGGACUAAGACUCCUGGUACACGUGGAACAGCAAGGCUGCCUUCGAGGCAGGGAAGCAAGGGAAUCGCUUACUGGAGGAAAAGCGGAGGGACUCUGGAUCAAGAAUUAGGUGGGAAAGGGAUGUGGAGACCCAUGGAGCAGCGGCUAGUGGAAAAGCUGGAGGCACUUCUGUGGAGAAAUGUGAAAUCAGGUGAAGAAAGGAAGCAGGCAAAGGAGUGAAGAUCAGCCCUCUGGACCGGAGCUCGAGGCUUGGCUCCCCUCGUACCCCAAAGCAGAGUCCUCUCCUAAUGCUGCUCCCGUUGUACAGGGUGUGGGUGCCCAGAAGUGGAGAGGCAGCAAGGAAGUAGAGAAAUUGGGGCAAUAGGGAGUGAGGAUCAGCCAAAUCAUGUGCGAACAACUGGGCACUUAUUUCAGCUAUUUUAUGACAUUCUUGAUGGGGCCCUUAAGAUGCAUGUAGCCAGGAGAGCCACCCAGGAAACUUUUGUUUUGAGCUUUGACUCUUAAGACUGCAAAGGCUUACUUGCUGUGUGGCUGCCCUGGGAGGCUUGAGUUUGGGGAAAUCGAGUGACCCUGUUGACCCUUCCCAGGAGAAAUGAUGAGGGAAAGGCACUCCAGGGCAGCCAGACAGAGCAAGCAGGCUCAAGCUGAGCCUUGCUGGAAGGGCCUGACUUCUGUGAUCAGCUGUCACCAGGGGCAAAACACCUGUCCUCAGUUUAGAUGAAAGAUCCACUGGAGAGUGGAUCUUUGCUCUGUGGGAAACAGAAGUGCAACUGGAAGAGCUGAAAGGGGAAGUUUAUUUAGUCUACAGACAGUGAAGGAAAAAGGGAACUCAAAUUCAACAUUCCCUGGAAAGCCUAAUUCCCUGGGUGCUCUAGUUUCUCUGGAGAACAUUCUGGGUUCCUGGAGACACCAUUCUCUCUAGUCAGUCACUGCAGGUGAGCUGUUCUCAGGAGCAUCUUGAAAAGCCCUCCUGGUAUCUAGGGUUGAAGGGAGGGUUCUACAGCCCUUCCUUCCUCACUCUGGGAAUUGGAAUGCCACGUUGAUGGAGACUCUGGAUCAGGAAGUAGAGGGAUGAUUCAGAUUUCAUGUUGGAUUAAAAGAGCAAGAAAUGCUGUAGAAAUGUGCAGGGCUUACUGCAGACCAGAUGUUAGAUUCCUAGAAGCUGGUGUUGGAUCAUUCAAGAGAAUGUGUGGGAUGGGAAGGAGAAUGGAAGACCAAAGUAAAAUCUUUAUCCUAAAGGAACAAGUGGAUUGAAGAGGCUGCUCUGAGGGGCUUAUCAUAAUUUCAGGUGUGAGAUUAUUUAUUGCUCACAGCAUUCACACGAGAAGGUAAGAUAUAGGAGAUUACCUUAACAAUGUGUAUUUAUUUUAAAGAGUGUAUUGCUCAUUGAGCAUGCAUGAUAAAUUCUUUCUCAACUUCCAGACAGUCAGUGGGGUUGUCUCUGAGGAGCAACUUUUGUUGCUCAUGGCAACUCUGUUAUUGUAGCAGUUUAAGAUGCUAAAAUCCUCACAGUGUCCUUUCUUGAGGCUAUUCUGAGAACUGAAAUCAAGCAUCAGUCUACCUGCCCAUCUGCUGGGACUGAUAGAGGUGCUACUGUUCUCCUUGGCAAGUUGUUUUGGGAUCAAGAAGCUGUUAAUGCAAGCACCUCCUGGGAUGGUCAUUCUAAUACAAUAAAUAAUCAUUAGAAAAACA